AUGGUCCGCAAACUCAAGCAUCAUGAGCAGAAACUGCUCAAAAAAGUGGAUUUUCUAGACUGGAAACAAGACCAAGGUCAUAGAGACACGCAGGUGAUGCGCACCUACCACAUUCAAAAUAGAGAAGAUUACCACAAGUACAACAGAAUAUGUGGCGAUAUUCGCCGUCUUUCACACAAACUGUCGCUUCUGCCGCCAACGGACUCAUAUCGCAUAAAACACGAACAGCUCCUGUUGGAGAAGUUGUACUCCAUGGGCAUAUUAGCGACAAAAUCCAAAAUCUCAGACCUAGAGAACAAGGUAACGGUUAGCGCAAUUUGCAGAAGGCGGUUGCCAGUUAUCAUGCAUCGACUAAAAAUGGCGGAGUCCCUAUCAGACGCGGUCAAAUUCAUAGAACAAGGGCACGUAAGAGUGGGUCCCAACCUUAUCACGGACCCUGCUUUUCUGGUAACUCGUAAUUUGGAGGACUACGUUACAUGGGUCGACAGUUCAAAGAUCAAGAAGACAAUUUUGAGAUACAGAAACCAAAUUGACGACUUUGACUUCGCUUGA